AUGGCGACGAUCAGGGACGGCGAGAAGCAGAGCCGGUACGUGCUGAGCGGCCCGCCGCUGACUGAGGCCGAGGUGGCGGGGGCGGAUCUGCCCCUGGCGUCCUACCUCGUCCAGAAGCUGGCCGCCCACGGACACCGCGUUCUGCAGGGAGACACCGUGGCCGUCUGCAUCGGCCGCUCCGCGCUCUUCGCGCCGGCCCUGCUGGCCGCGCUCUGCUCUGGGGCCGUCUGCGCCGUCGUCAACGCCGCCCUGCCUCAUGAGAGCCUGCACCGAGUGCUACACGAGCUGAAGCCGGUGGCGGUGCUGUGCCAGCCACAGUUCGAGAAGUCCGCCUCAGACGCCAAACCGGCAGACUGCCCGCUGCAGGUGCUGGGGUCUGCUGAGUCGGUAGCUGACGCUCAGCAGCUGCUGAUGCGGAGCGCCCAGGGGCUGAAGGCGGACAACACGGCCCCCGCCGUCGCUCUGCUCAGUUCUGGUACCACGGGGCAUCCCAAGAUCAUCCGGAUACCUCGCCGCACCUUGGCCCCCACCGUUAUGUUCAUACCGCCGAACCAGUGGGUCUCGCUGGCCCGACAUUGUCCGGAGGACCGACUGCGGUCAGCGCUGCAGCAGGUGCGCGUCUGCAUGACGGGGGGCGCCGCGCUCAAGGCGGAGGCGCACGCUUGGAUAGAGGCGCGCACGGGCCGCCCGCUGACACAGUGGUACGGCCAGACAGAGGCCUUCCCGCUCUGCAUGGUCGUCAGCCGCCAAGCGCCGGCGCCCCAUGGCUCCGUGGGCCGCGUCAGCGCCGGGAUGCAAGCCAAGGUAUUGGACUUACAGACCGGGAAGCAUCUCGGUCCAGGAGUCGACGGCGAGCUGUGCUUCAAAGGAUGGGGCUUCUCAGAGGAGUACACGGACAAGGAAGGCUGGGUCCACACUGGAGACGUGGGCCACUAUGAUGCGGAUGGCAACUUCUACGUCGUCGACAGAGUAAAGGAACUCGUCAAAUACCGCGGUGUCCACGUGUCACCAUCAGAGCUGGAGGCGUGGCUGCUGGGACACCCGCAGGUGUCGGAGGCAGUGGUGGUGGGCCUGCCACAUGACGAGGACCAGGAGCACCCAGCUGCCUUCGUCGUGCUGGCCCAAGGCGCUACCGUCACUCCUGACGAGUUGAAGCAACUGGUCAAAGAGAAAGCGUGCGGCAGCGAGGAGAAGCUGCUACAUGGGGGCGUGUUCCUGGUGGAGUCCAUCCCUCGCGUGGCCACUGGGAAGGUCAGCAGGGGGCAGCUGCGGCGCGCUCUCCUGGAGAGGGUCACAGGAAGGGCCUAA